AGAGAGAGAGAGAGAUGGCUGAGUUGCAGAAAUCAGUAACAUCCUUCAGAAGACAAGGGUCUUCAGGAUUGGUGUGGGAUGACAAGUUCCUUGCCGGUCUUGGGGACCAAAAUCAGAAUCAGAACCAGAACCAGAACCAAGAAGCUAAGGCUAACCAGAAUCAACAAGGAAACGAAAGAGUUGAAGUAAUAGGACAAAUUGCCACGUUAGAGCGUAGCAGAUCAGAGGGGGCACGCCCAUAUCGUACGGUCAACGUUGCACCAUCUAAGGACCCACCUUCUCCCAAGCUAGCUACCUGUGGCUUUUGUGGUUUCUUUGGCAAACCAGUUUCUGCCAACCCCAAAUCCAAAAAGCUUAGGUAAACACAACCUUCUUUCUUAUUC